AUGGCGAUCCUGCGGCCAAUGGGCACUAUCAUCCCCUCGGCCCUUGAGCACGAAGUCAUAGUCAUCACCGACGAUUCCGACUUCGAUUCUGAUCCCGAGGAGGGCACGGGAUUUCACUCUGAUGAUGACGUCCACGAUAACGCCAAGCCCCUUCGCGAUACUACUCCCGACGAUUACGCUGGUGUUGCGAACCAUUGCGAUGCCGAAGACGGACGCAGCAGCCACCGGGCUAAGACUGAGGACCGCCACGCAGCCUUCACUCCCUCUGCCACCCCCGAGAGGGCUUCUGACUUGGAUAACAACCAAGAGCCCGACGAUCCCCCCGAGAGGGGCUAUGGUGCCGACGUUGUAGCCACCACACCAGACAUUGGAAGGUUGCUUGACGAAGUCGCUUUGCUUCGCGAGACCAUUAAACGAAUCGAAGCGAAGCUCGGUAUUGCAUCGCGCACGACCAUCCAUCAACGUAAAAGGAAGCGUAGGGCUCCAGAGCCCCGCUCGAAGAAGCGCUGCAAAGUCAAUAUCGCAGCAACGCGAGCCUGGCUGCAGGACACCGAGGAGGGUUGCUUGGAGUAUGCGUGGAAGCGUGGAGGGGGAGGGGGAUUCUCUUGGAUCAGGGAGUUGGGACGUGGCAAACGGGAAGAGGUUGCAGCAGAGGUUUUGCUGGCCUACUCUGGCGAUCUCCUGUCUAUCGAGUUGCGGCAGAAUGGGGACGGAAUUCCAGUGACCGUGCGAUAG